GUCUGAGCUGGGGGAGUUUGCCGUGAGGCUGCAAAUAAAGCAGAUGUGUUUGUGAAUUUCAGUAGUGUCUAGACUUUCUUUUACUAAAGUUGAUGAUACAGCAUUUAACCUGAGGUGUUUUCUUUAUUUUGCAUUUUGUUCCUCUUCAUCCUUUAUUUUAAGUGCUCGCAUAUGGGAAUGAAAUGGAGAAAUUAAGGAAAUAUAUGUCAGCAAGAGAUGAGGAUCAGUUUUAUCAUCAGGGAGCUGUGGAAUUGUUGGUCUUUAACUUUUUGCUUAUUCUUACAAUAUUAACAAUUUGGUUAUUUAAAAAUCAUCGAUUCCGCUUUUUGCAUGAAACUGGAGGAGCCAUGGUUUAUGGUCUCCUAAUGGGAUUAAUUAUACGAUAUGCAACAACACCAACAGACUUUGAAAGUGGAACUGUCUAUCCUUGUGAGAAGCUGAAGUUUGGCCCACCCACUCUACUUGUUAAUAUAACAAACCAAGUAUAUGAAUAUCAGUACAAAAGGGAAAUCAGCCAACACAACAUUAAUGCUCACCAAGGCAAUGCAAUGCUUCAAAAGAUGACAUUUGAUCCUUCAAUCUUCUUCAAUGUUUUACUGCCACCCAUUAUAUUUCAUGCUGGAUAUAGUUUAAAGAAGAGACAUUUUUUUCGUAAUUUAGGAUCAAUUUUAACAUAUGCCUUUUUGGGAACUGCCAUCUCUUGCAUUGUUAUAGGGUUGAUAAUGUAUGGCUUUGUGAAGGCCAUGCUACAUGUUGGCCAGUUAAAAGGAGGGGAUUUUCACUUCACGGACUGUUUAUUUUUUGGCUCGUUGAUGUCUGCUACAGACCCAGUGACAGUUCUGGCUAUUUUCCACGAGCUGCAUGUGGAUACAGAUCUGUAUACCCUCCUUUUUGGAGAGAGUGUCCUAAAUGAUGCUGUGGCUAUAGUUCUCACAUAUUCGAUUUCUGUUUACAGUCCCAAGGAGAAUCCUAACACAUUUGAUGCUGCUGCUUUCUUCCAGUCUGUGGGAAAUUUCCUGGGGAUCUUUGCUGGAUCGUUUGCAAUGGGGUCCUCAUACGCUGUUGUCACAGCUUUAUUGACAAAAUUUACAAAGCUGUGUGAGUUCCCCAUGUUGGAAACAGGCCUGUUCUUCCUCCUGUCUUGGAGUGCCUUCCUGUCAGCAGAAGCUGCUGGUCUUACAGGAAUUGUUGCAGUCCUUUUUUGUGGAGUCACACAGGCCCAUUAUACCUACAACAAUCUGUCAUCAGAUUCCAAAAUGAGAACUAAACAGUUGUUCGAGUUCAUGAAUUUCUUGGCCGAGAAUGUCAUCUUCUGUUACAUGGGGCUUGCACUAUUCACAUUCCAAAAUCAUAUAUUUAAUGCUCUCUUUAUAUUUGGGGCAUUUGUGGCAGUUUUCAUAGCAAGAGCAUGUAACAUAUAUCCACUUUCUUUCAUUCUGAAUUUGGGCCGAAAACAAAAGAUUCCCAGGAACUUUCAACACAUGAUGAUGUUUUCAGGUUUACGUGGUGCAAUAGCGUUUGCACUGGCUAUUCGGGACACAGAAUCUCAACCCAAACAAAUGAUGUUUACCACAACACUGCUUAUUGUGUUUUUCACAGUCUGGGUUUUUGGUGGGGGCACCACGCCGAUGCUCACAUGGCUUCAGAUCAGAGUUGGCAUAGAUCCAGAUGAAGAUCUGAAAGCAGAAACUGCAAGCCAGAAAGCAACUACUGCGGAUAAGAACACAACCAAGGCUGAGAGUGCGUGGCUGUUCAGAAUAUGGUAUGGGUUUGAUCAUAAAUAUCUGAAACCCAUUUUAACCCAUGCUGGUCCACCGCUUACAACAACAUUACCUGAAUGGUGUAAUCCUAUUGCCAGACUGCUAACUAGCCCUAGAGCAUAUGGAGAGCAGCUGAAGGAUGAUGACAUGGACUGUAUCGUGAAUAAUGAUGAACUGACUAUAAAUUAUGAAGACCCCAAUCCUGUUCCAGUGCCGGCACAGGCCAGAAUAGACUCACCCCAGACUCCAGGCAAGGAAAACAUUCAUGAAGGAGACCUUGGAUUAGGAGGAUGUGAACUCCAGUUGGAGCACACUCCAGCACAAACCCAGUUGAAUUCAUUAGCAUGAGCAGUGCAAAUGUAAUCAUAAGAAAUGCACAGAACAUGAAGGAAUACAAGCCACAUGUAUGAGGGAGUGUUGGUAAGAAGCUAGAAAAUGUAUUAAAAGCAGAAAUUGAAGAGAAUCAAACCUUGUCAAAUGUAUCUUCUGGUGCCUGAAGAAAUGAGGAUCAUCAUCAUCCAUAUAUGCUAUACAACUAAAUUUAAUGUUUUGACAGUGGCAAUUUUUAUUAAUGAAAUUGAAGGCACUGUCUGCUAAAGGCAUAUUACAGAUGCACUCACAGCGUCAAUUGUACUUCACACACACAUAAACACACAGACUUCUGAAUGUUGUUCUCUUUGUUAAUUAAUUCAGGUGAGGAGGAGAGAUAUUUGAUUAACACGAUCAUGCUCAGAUGAUAAUAGAACUUUGUAAUAAGUUGCUCCUGGGCAGACAUAUCACCCAUGGGACAGGAGGAAAUUUCUUUUGUACAAAUGCAAACUUUGGGCAGCUACUUUCUCUUUACAAAUGUUUAAGACUCCCACUUAAUGCUUAUAGCAUUUGGCAUUUUCUAGAGUCAGUCCAAUGAAUGCUUCAGCAAAAAUAAGUUUCACACCCUGAGCUGCAGAGGGUUAAUUCAGAACACAAAAACUGGGCAUUGCUAUAUUAGCUGUUCAAGCUAAAUAAAUCAAUAAUGGAACUUUUUAUUAUUAUUCUGAUUGAUCAUGAUCACUAUGGCAUACAGCAAUUACACUUAUCCCACAAUGCAUUUGUUGCUAGAGCUUGGCAGUAGGUUUUUAUACACAGCUUGCGUGAUGGGAACAAUUUAUGUUUUUUGUUGUGUAAAAACAUUCCAAGUUUGUAUUUUGAUUUUAGCUUCUUGGGGGCUGGGCUUUAUUUUGUUUGGUGGUGGUGGUGGGGUGUGGGUGUGGGUGUGUAUAUAAUAUAUUAUAUACACACACACACACACACUCUCCUGCAAAAGAGUUUACUUUUUAAGAUAAGAUUUAAGAUGUGCAUGAUCACACAUUUACAUUUGGCACUUAGAUAUUACAGUGAAAAGUAAGACGGUAAAACCUAGAUAGACAAAUGAAAGAAAGAUUUAGGUAUGGAAAUACCAGCUGUGUCUGCAUAAAUUCAGCAUAUGAAUUCACACAUGGUCAGUCAUGCACCUAACGGAUCAUGAUGUACCUGGCCGUAUCAGGCAUUUGCACAUAUAAAUUGGGUAUUGCGAAUGCAUGCGCACAGGGGCAUGUCUCUAACAUUUAAAGUCUGGCUUUGUAUCUUCUCAGCACAGGAGUUUCAGCUCAGAUGCAGCAUAGGUUGCUUAUCAUAUUGCUUGAAAGUGUUCCUACCAUGAAAGCUGAACCACGAGUUUUGAACAAGGUCAUUCUUAACCAAAAAGCAGCAGAGGGUCCUGUGGCACCUUUAAGACUAACAGAAGUAUUGGGAGCAUAAGUUUUCGUGGGUAAGAACCUCACUUCUUCAGAUGCAAGACAUUUCUAAGCCAUGGGGGAGGGUGUGUGUGGAAUCAAGUCAUCCCAAUGAAACCGUGAAUGAUCAUAAAGCUGAAUGGGUUUUGAUUCCAUCACAGAUGGAAACUGAAACACAGACUUAAAUAUAAUCCAGUUUUAGUCAUUCUUUUCCAGGCUAAUUAAUUGCUGGUUGGAUUUAAAACUAGACCAGCUGCUCUAAGCAUAAAUUUAACACAGGAGUGCUAUGCGCUUUUCGGAAACAUCAGAAGCUUAAAUUGGCUUCCCCCCCC